CAAGAAAAUUUCCCUCGUUUCUGGUUGUGUGUGUAUGGGUGAAAAUUUUGUAAACACAAAUGCCUUGGUGUGCGUGCAUGUUAUUCUCGCCGUAUUGGAAUUUUCGUCGCGGCGAAAUCGUCGACAGGCGGCGAAAAUGCGCCCGCGCAAAAGUAGAAAGUUUGUUUGUCUCUCUCGCCGCGGCGAAUAGAUACAAAUUUGCGCUCUCGCUUCGGCGGCAGUUGGGAUUUCUCGAAUUGGAUUUCAGUUGAACUCUGGACGCGGCCGCGGAAAAAUCGUUCCCCAGUGUUGUUACGAAAUUUUCGUACAUUUUCGUCCAUGUUUUCGUCUUUUUUUUGACCCCAACAAGAAAAGAGGCUAAUAAAGUAAGGAUUGAAGGAUAGGCAGAAUAUGCACCUGCAAAUCACGCACAAAACGAUGGAACCGAAGGAACCGCACUCCGAUACGGAGUCUAUAUCGCCAGCAUCGCGGGAUGUGCGGCAGUUUCACUAUAUGAUAACCUGCCGACUUUGUCGCGGUUACAUGAUCGAUCCAACCACAGUGGAUAUUUGCUAUCACACCUAUUGCCGCAGUUGCAUACUGAAACAUUUGCUGCGGACGGUAUAUUGUCCGGAUUGCAAGGCCAGCGGAGGCAAAGAGAUCAGCGAGCUAAAUCUGAAAUCGGACGAUACGUUGCGAUCGCUAAUCUAUAAGCUGGUGCCGGGUCUUUAUCAAAGGGAAUGCAAGGAGCUGGCGGAUUUCGAGAAGCAGCAUGAGGAUUUGGUAGAUGAACAAACGACCCACGAACAGGAGUUCUUCACCACCACGGAACUUGUUAGUUUAUCCCUGGAAUACCAUCCCGCCAUGCUGCAUCAAUGCGGUCCUGGCGAGGUGCCACCCACAAUUUACCUGCAAUGCGCCGCCGGAUUGCGGGUGGAGUUGCUGAAACGUUUCCUCUGCUCCAAAUAUAACAUAGAGGCUGAGAACAAGAUGGUUGAGGUGGAGGUGACCUACGAGGACGAGGUUCUGCCCUCCAAUUUCACGCUGAUGGAUGUGGGAUAUUGCUACAACUGGAGUCGGCAAUCGCCCAUGGCCUUCUGCUACCGGAUUCUGCUGUACGAGAACGAGGGGGCAAAAAACGACGAGAACAACCUAUCCAGGAUUAACCAGGACAUUGAACCGGAGCACUCGGUGCGUCGCUCCAAGUCGGCCAAAUCGGUGACCUUUGCCGAGGACCUGGAAUCGGAAAUGGACUCCGCCGGUUCGCCGCGUUCCAAGGUGCGCAGCAAGACGUCGCCCAAGGUUUCGCCCUCGUCGAAGGGCAAGCGGGUGGCGACGAGCAAGCGGGAGCCGGAACCCGAGGGUCCGGUGAGCAGCUUCAAGAGUCUCCGCAGCAACGACAUGCGCUACAGUGACUACGCCGUGUCCAAGGUCAAGAGUGAGCCCGAACAGGAGCAGGAUCUCCUGCCGCGGGAGCGGGAACCACAGCCUCUAGAGGCCAAUACGAACAUAGUGGUCAGCAUUCCACCCUCGCAACUGGGAAAAUCCUAUGUAGACGCAGAGGACUUUGAGCUGAAGACGGCCAAUCGCAAGGGAGUGGGACAUCUGCCCAAGCUGAAGAUCGAGCUGAACAGCAUGAAGAGCAAGCUGAGUAUGCCCUUGUCGGCGGGUCCGCGACUGGAGGAUACCUCCACCUCCUCCUCCUCGGGUCAGCAGCUUGACCUAGAGACGUAUGCCAAGAACAUUGGCCUGAAGCCCAUUGAACAGCCCUUGGUAUCGCAAAGUGUCGCCGCCCCUACCGAUAGCAAAUACAGUCCCAAUGCCUCGCCCAUGUCCUCGUGCUCCAGCUCCACCAACGGAUCCAGCUGCAGCCUGGGCACCGCCGAUGCCAGCACCUCGACCACAACUUCCAGUUCCAGUUCGCAUCGCAAGCGCAAGAAGAAGCACUCCAAGGAGCCCAAGGAUGCGAAUGGCAAGCGCAAGAAGCUGCAUGCGGAGAUCUCCUCGCAGACGGAUGGCAAGAUGAAGGUGAAGAUCACCGCGAAACCGAAUCACAAGUUGGAUCUGAAGAGGUCCCAUUCGCUGGCCAGCGGAGAGCUGGCUCUCCAGCAGCUGAAACUGGACAGCACGAGCAGCACUUCGGAGGCACUGAAUCGCACGUUGGGCGAGGAGGCGAGGAGUAUAAGCAGCCUGAUGGUGGGUGGAGCACCCACGCCGCCCCCUACGCCUACGACGGAGCCGGAACAGGUGGCCGUGCCAAAAGCCAAGGACUUGACCUUGCCCACAUCACCACCCUUGCCGCCCAGUUUGUUCAAGGCCUUCACCCCCAGCACAGCGCCAAGUGUUCCCAAGCAGCCAGCUCCACAGCAGCCAGUGAAGAGUAACCUACCCAAACCGCCGCUGAGCAGCAACAACAAUCGCAAGCCCAGCAGCGGUGGACACUUUGUGGUGCCACAGGCGCCGCCGACCAACCGGAAUAUGUACCACAUGCAACGCUACCUGUCCACGCCCAGUUCGAUAGCCAGUGCGGCCAACAAACAGCCCAAGCGAUCCCUCUCCCUGGACGAAUCGCAUCCCUCGGCCAAGCAGGCGCGUUUGGGCCAGGCCCAGGCGAUGGCCAGCUAUGCGGCCAAGAUGCAGAUGCAGCAGAGCAACAACAAGCAGGCGGCCGCCUUUCUGCCCAAUCCCCAGGUGCGAUCCUAUGGCCCCGAAAUGGGUAAACCCUCCUUGCCCCUGCUGUGUCCCGCCAACUUGAGCCUGAGCCUGCCCAGUUCGGGUCAGGUGACCAUAACGCCCAGGCCCAGAAGCACGUCGUCCUAUGCCUUUCCCGAGCCCACUAGCCAUGUGCCUGCCCUGGAAAUAGUGCGUUUGCCGGCCAGUAAACCCAAGAUGCCGCCACUCAGCCCGCCAGCAACGUCGGGUGGUGGUGGUCAACGCUUGAUGGGACCACCGGCGGCUCUGCCAAAGCAAGUAGGACAUGCCAAGAUGCCGCUGCCUCUGCCGCUGCCCCUGCCGAUGACCACGAUCCCGGCGAUUGUCAAGUCGCCGCCACUGUCAGUUGCGCUUAGCGGCCAAAGGAGCAGCAACAAGAGCAACUCCAACUCCAACUCAAACGCUUAUCGCACAUCACCGCCUGCAUUAAUAAAUUUGCGCAACACAGCUCCGGCUACAGCGUUUCCAUCAAAGUCGAGCCCAAAGGUAGAGGCCAAUUCAAAGAAAUCCCCGCCAGCAGCUGACGGCCAGGGCAAAACCAAUGGCACUGCCGCAUUGGACAAGUCGAAAACGAGUUUGCGCGAGUUUCGACCAGCAGUGCAAGCGGCUGUUACAGCAACAACCGCAGCUACAGCAGGAGCAACCAAGGAUGCCGAUAUACUUGAUUUAUCAGCUAACCCGGGAAGGAACAGCACCGCCAAAUUGGCGCCCACAUCACCGCCCGCGGCCAGCAGCAACACGAGCAACACGAACAACAGCUUAGAGGCAGCCUUGAACAAAAUCAAACAGAAUAUAUCCGCCAACAGCAAUGGUGGAAGUGGCUCCAAUUCGAAUGGCAACAGCAACGGCGAUGAUCUGCAGAAUCUGCAUUUGCUCUCUGAAUCUGCGACGGCCAGGGAGAAGAUCUCCAUAAAGGCGGCCAGCAGUGGUGGUAACAGCAAUAACAAUACCGCAUCCAAGCCCAAGAAUGCCAAUGCAUUGGUGAGACCACAGAAUGCUUCAGUUAGGAGCAUACCCAAUCCCUCGGCUUUGGCUUUUCGCAAUCAACCGGUGGCUGCCAGUGCGACCAUCAGCAAACCACUGACUGUGCGGGCCGAGGAGAAGCCCAAGAUGACCACCAGUAAUCCGGGACUACUCAGUCCCACCAGUAGUAGUAGUAGCAGCAGCAGUAGCAGCGGCGGCAGCAAUUCCGGAUGCAGUGCAGCCACAUCGCCGCGGGCUAUGACCAAGAAGCCCACGACCAUCGAUCAGGUGGCGGCCAAUUUGAAUAUUCGGGCCGAGGCCAAGGCGGCUGCUCUGGCCGAGGAGGCGCCACCCGUGGCGGCCAAGUCACCGGAACUGGCCAAGAUCAGGACGGAGCCCAAGGAAACGGCCAUCACCGUUUCGGCGGCCAGCACCCUGCUGUCCAUCCCGUCGUCCGGAGUCCCCGAAUCAUCGCUGGCCAAGCCGCCCGUGCAGAUCGCCAAUGCUCCGGUGGCGAGUUCCGCUUAGUCACAAGCGUUUCUUUGGCUGUGCGGAACGCAAAUGUAUCUUGUGGCGCCGCUGGAGAAUCUACCGAAUACCGACAGCAACUGAGGUGAUGAAAAAUAACAGAGAAAAAAGAAGAAAAAACAGUACAUCCAACACCUGCAGCACAAGUUUUCCAACCUCGCUCCCGAAGAAAAAGUGCAAUUUAUUUAACCAGUAGAAUGGAUCGUAAGCCUUAGAACUAAUCCGAAAUACACUCAACGCUAAGCAAUAUCUACACAUAGGGAAACCGCAUCAUUUGCAUGCGAAUAUGCAAACAUUUGCAAUCGAAUUAGUACGCGACUAAAUAAAUAAUCCAAGCAAAUUUCAAAAAUGUCAGCAACAAAAUUCAUUAAUAAAUAAUCCAAACGAGAGAGAGAGAGAGGUAGAGAUAGAGACAGAGAGAAACGAGGAGGAGAAUAAUAAUCAAAAGCGCUGGCGUUCGCUGGCAUUUUCGAAAGCAGGCAAAGCAAAAACAAAAUUAAUUAUAAAAUAUCAACAGCAAAUAUGUGUUAAACCGAGAUAAGGUCACACGCAAACACAUGCCUUUAAUAGAUAGAUCUUCGGUUGGCUUUUUGCUUUUUGGGGAAAGUCCGAGCGAAACGAAACCAAACUAAAAAUAAUAAAUAGCAAAUUAUUUUCAAAUGUGCGAUAGUAGAACUCUUUUUGAAGAAAAGCAAAGAAUACAAAAAACCACAAAACUGAUAGGAAAACGGAAAUCGCAUCAGGAAUAUUUGAUUACGCACACACAAACAGUGAGUGCCGAAAGUGUUUGGCCCACACCCUUCGGGAAAACCGCCACGAAGUGUGAAAACUCGGCGGUGGUGGCUGGGCUAGCCAGCUAGAUGGUUCGUAAAUGGCAGAAGAUACAGCCCGAUACGGCGAUACCCGAUACACACUCACGUUCCUCAUCGGGGCGAUAAAAUUUUAACGAUUUUGCGCCGCUUUGAGCGAGCGUGUCAGGCAUAAAGAUACAAAACAAUACUUGGGCAUAUAUAAACAAAAGCAAACAAAACGGAAUAAUGAAAAUAACAAACUCGCACUGGCACAUAUGCGUAUAUUUAUAUACAUAUACCCGAUAUACCCGAAUAAAUAUAUACACAUAUAUCUUGUAGAUACUUUUUCGUAUUAGUUGUUUAAGCGAGUUACGCUUAAUUGCAGCACGAAUUUUGUACAUAAAUUUAAAAUCGAAGCCAGGCAAAAAGCAAAACAACCCAGCACCCCAGCACUUGGAAAUGAAUUUUAAUUUUUAGAGCUUCGACCAAAUGAAUUAGGUACUAUAUAAACACA